UUCCGCCAGUAGUCGCUAGCCUGCUAGCUAAACAAGGUAGUAGGCGCAUCUCACAUCUUCGACUCAGCAUCACUAGCUCUAAGAUAAAUUUAAAUUUAUUACUCACACUUUGGGCGUUGCUGGUGGUUCUGCGUUGCUGUCCUCUCGUCGUCAUGGACGAGGAGUACUAUAGCGGUGGAGGAGACUGGGAGGGCACGGACGGUAACUUGGAGGACUAUGUUGAAGGUGUAAAUGAUGGAAAAAUCCAAGAAGAUUGUCUGCAGAAAUUCUCCAGCAGAGAUUACAUCAUGGAGCCUGCAAUCUUCAACACCCUCAAAACGUAUUUCCAGGCAGGUGGCUCUCCAGAACACGUCAUCCAGCUCCUUUCAGAAAACUACUCUGCCGUGGCUCAGACAGUCAAUCUGCUCGCAGAGUGGCUCAUUCAGAUGGGUGUAGAGCCCGCUCAGGUCCAAGAAAGAGUAGAAAACCACCUCAAGAGUCUCCUCAUAAAGCACUUUGACCCUCAGAAGGCUGACUCAAUUUUCACAGUGGAGGGAGAGACUCCUGCUUGGCUGGAGCAGAUGAUCGCACACACAACAUGGAGAGAUCUUUUCUAUAAGCUGGCAGAGGCCCAUCCUGACUGCCUGAUGCUCAACUUCACCGUAAAGCUCAUUUCAGAUGCAGGUUACCAGGGUGAGAUCACCAGUGUGUCCACAGCUUGUCAGCAGCUGGAGGUAUUCUCUCGGGUGUUGAGGACGUCUUUGGCCACGCUGCUUGAUGGAGGAGAAGAAAACUUGGAAAAGAACCUGCCAGAAUUUGCUAAGAUGGUGUGUCAUGGUGAACACACAUACCUCUUUGCUCAGGCGAUGAUGUCCAUCCUUGCGCAGGAGGAACAGGGCGGCUCAGCAGUCAGGAGGAUCGGCCAGGAGGUGCAGAAGUCAGCACAUCAGAGAGGUCACGAUGCUAGCCAGAUAACCCUCGCCCUGGGCACAGCAGCUGCCUACCCUCGAGCCUGUCAGGCGCUUGGGGCCAUGCUGUCCAAAGGAGCCCUGAACCCUGCAGACAUCACGGUUCUGUUCAAGAUGUUCAGCAGUAUGGACCCACCUCCUGUUGAGCUGAUCAGAGUGCCCGCCUUUCUGGAUCUGUUUAUGCAGUCCCUGUUUAAACCCGGAUCAAAGAUCAACCAAGACCAUAAACACAAAUACAUCCACAUCCUGGCCUAUGCUGCCAGUGUGGUUGAGACGUGGAAAAAGAACAAGCGAGUAAACAUCAAUAAAGAUGAGCUGAAGUCAACCUCCAAAGCCAUAGAGACGGUGCACAACUUGUGCUGCAACGAGAACAAAGGAGCCACAGAGCUGGUGGCUGAACUUGGCACUUUGUACCAGUGUAUUAGGUUCCCAGUUGUUGCAAUGGGGGUGUUGAAAUGGGUGGACUGGACGGUGUCUGAGCCGCGGUACUUCCAGCUGCAGACCGACCACACUCCUGUUCAUUUAGCUCUACUGGACGAGAUCUGUACGUGUCACCAGCUGCUGCAUCCACAGGUCCUCCAGCUGCUCAUCAAACUGUUUGAAACGGAGCACUCUCAGCUCGAUGUCAUGGAGCAGCUGGAGCUGAAGAAGACUCUUCUAGACCGCAUGGUACAUCUGCUGAGUCGUGGUUAUGUGCUGCCAGUCGUCAGUUACAUUCGCAAAUGUCUGGAGAAACUAAACACAGACAUCUCCCUCAUCAGAUAUUUUGUCACUGAGGUACUCGAUGUGAUUGCACCCCCAUACACAUCAGACUUUGUUCAGCUCUUCCUGCCCAUCCUGGAGAACGACAGCAUUGCAGGAACCAUUCGCACUGAGGGAGAACACGACCCUGUUGCAGAGUUCAUUGCUCAUUGCAAGUCAAACUUCAUCAUGAUAAACUGAGCUGGAGAGGACACUGGAAUUAUUUUGUCCAAAAAGAACCAGAAAAAGCUUAAAAAGGCUUUGGACACAUUGUCUUCUUGGUAACUGAAUGCUCAGAACUGUGUAGGAGCACACAGCUCUACGACAGACUUCAGAACAACCAAGUAAAGGAUUAGUUUGUAGGAAAAGGCAAACUUCAGCGAUCUGAUGGAAGAAUACAGAAACAAGAGGGCUGGAGCCGCUCAAGAUGCUGAUAAAAGAUUCAUUUUUCAUCUGUACAUUUAAUUUUCUAUAUUUUAUGUUGGUAUUAACUGUUUUAAAAUAAAAACCUGAAAGUGA